UUUUAGAAACCAGCGCAAACGGGGGUUUGAAGCUAAUGUAUUAAAUCGAAUUUCUGCCAUAUACGGAAAAAGAGGAUGCAUUUGGACGAGCUUUUACAUAUUAUUGGAGAAUUUGGUACUUUUCAGAAAAGGCAGUAUUUUUUAGUCUGUCUUGUAGGACUGUAUACAGCGUUCCCGAUACUUUCUUCCGUAUUCCUUGCAGCAACGCCCAAACACAACUGUAAAAUCCCAGCCGAGUACGUAUCGAGCGCGGAGAGGGUCUACGGAAACCUUUCUCGCGAGGAGCUGCUGAACCUGACCAUCCCAUGGGAAGAAAAGGACGGCAAACAGGGCCGAAGUAGCUGUAAGCUGAAAUCAUGGGACAGAAACGGCUCCUAUUAUGAGGUCCCCAUUGCUGCGGAUGAUGGUGAUAACAAGACAGCAAGUGUUGAAUGCCCUAGCGGGCGAGAAUACAGUCAGGAAAUUUAUAUUUCAACCGCGGUAUCAGAGUUUGACCUAGGCUGUGGCCGAGAAUGGCUGGUCAGCACAAGUCAGUCCGUAUUCUUUGCUGGGAAACUGGUGGGGGAUGCUUUAUCCGGGAUCAUUAGUGAUAGGUUCGGAAGACGGCCAACAUUUCUGGUGGCGAUCAUGCUGUCGGUUUCUUUUGGGAUUCUUACCGCCCUGUCUCCUAAUAUGAUAGUAUUUAUAGUGUCUCUUGGUCUGCAGGGAUUGGUUAACGGGUGUUUAUUCCUGACUGUAUUCACAUUAGGUAGGAUACCAACAGAAAAGGAGGCAGCAAGAGAGAGAGAGGUCUUGUGUAUUCCAUUAAUCGUCUGUCAUUUAUAUUGCCUGAGCUAUAUAAACAACAGUGUAAAUUUUGGGUAAU